AUGUUCCUUUACCCGAUUGCAAUGAAGGAUCCCCCAGAAAAGGGCAUUCCUCUACGAUCAUUCUCGCAGCGCCUCCGUGCCUGGCCUGAUGAGGAUUGGUCGGGGAUUACAGAUCCUAAAAUCCGCCGAAGGCUGCAAAAUCGCGUGAACCAACGAGCCCGACGUCUACAGAAUAAACUAGCAGCAAACCUGCCCUAG